ACAGCUGUUUGACGGCGUGUCGUGUACACGGGCCUUUAUCAUGUUGCAAAGCCGCAAAAUAAACAAAUACCAAAUUGUGUGCCCGGUGCGUGAUAAAAAAGGAAGGUGAUCGUUUUUGAUACAGCCGAGGCCUUACACGAUUCUCAACUUCCGGUGGGUGGUGCAUUCGCUUAUCAAAAUGAAAUUUCGCUUCUGCGGUGAUGGCGACUGUCCCGAUUGGGUGCUGGCCGAAAUCCAUUCCAAUCUGGCCCAACUCACCACUGGCCAGCUGAACGAUCUCGGGGAACAUACGGCCAAAUCGAUUUUAGGCGAAGAAAUACCGGAGGCUGAGAUUAGCAAAAUCUAUUCCAUCACUAAAGGUUCCAUGGACGGGCCGAAGGGCGGUAUCGCUUGUUUACGGUUUCUGCUCACCAGUGCCUCUCGGUACAACACGGAGAGUGCAGAAUUCAGCACGGAACUGCAGCAGCUCGGAUUGCCGAAGGAGCAUACCGCCAUCCUCUGUCGGCUGCUGGACGACUACGUGCAAAAGAUACGGGCCGUACUGCGGGAGAAAAGUUUAAGCAUCAAUCAGCUGGACACCUUCAGCUGCAGCAUUCCGAAGAAUACGAUCGACUGCAUUCAGCUCAAGAUCGGGAUACAGAACGAGAUAGUGGACGGGUUGCCGAGAAAAACGGCCCACACCGUGAAUCUCAACCGUAACGAUGCGUUGCUGCUGCUCAGCGAGCUGAAAGCUGUGCGCGAUACGAUGGAGAGCUAUAAUUUUGAUAAGAAAUAUUUGGAAGAAAAAUAAAAUGUACACUGAUAUGGGAAA